AUGCUGCCAUGGCUAGCACACGGCCACAUUUCUCCAUUCUUCGAGCUAGCCAAGCGGUUAACUGCUCACUGCAGCUUCCAGAUCUACUUGUGUUUAACUCCAGUCAAUCUCGACCAUCUCAAGAACAAAACCCUGCCUCCAUUCAUCCAAUUGGUCGACCUCCACCUCCCUUCUUCCUUCCACAAAACCCUACCUCCCAAUUCCCACACCACCAAAAACCUCCCUCCCCAUCUAAUGCCGACACUCAAAUCCGCUUUCGACCAAACCGAACCGGCCUUCUCCCAAAUCCUCAACUCCCUUCGACCCGACCUCCUCAUCUACGACUUCCUAAUGCCAUGGGCCCCUCGAGCCGCCGCGAGAGAGCUCGGAAUCAAGUCCGUGGUGUUUAUCACCGGAGGGGCAGCCUGUCACUCGUUCGUUACUCAUUACAUCGCUCACCCGCCGGAAACCCAGUUCCCCUUUCGAAAUUUGGACAUCGUUUCUUCAGGGGAAGGGCAGAAAACGGUUGAAUUCCUGGAGAGUGGUGAUGAUCAGGGUAGCAGGUUGAGCAAUAAAGAUCGUUACUUUCAGUGCUUGAAGAGCUCCUCUGAGAUCGUUCUGAUCAAGACGUUUAGGGAGAUUGAAGGGAAGUACGUGGAUUACUUCUCCAAACUGUUGGUGAAAGAAGUGGUCACCGUUGGCGGGCUUGUAAGAGAACCUGAAGGGAAAACAGGGGACUCUGACAUCAUCAACUGGCUGGACCAGAGAGAUCAUUCUUCUCCUCCGGUUGUAUUUGUGUCAUUUGGGACCGAGUAUUUCCUUUCCAGGGAAGAGAUGAUGGAGGUAGCAAAAGGGCUGGAGAGGAACAAAGAUUUGAACUUUAUUUGGGUUGUGAGGUUUCCUGAAGGGGCAGAGAAAGAGAAGAACUUUUCACUGCCAGAAGGGUUUCUGGAGAGGGUUGAAGGGAGGGGAUUGGUGGUGGAAGGAUGGGCGCCACAGGCGAAGAUUCUACAGCAUGAGAGGGUUUCAGGGUUUGUGAGCCAUUGUGGGUGGAGUUCUGUGUUGGAAGGUAUUGUCUAUGGCGUGCGAAUUGUGGCCAUGCCGAUGCAGCUUGACCAGCCGUGGGAUGCUAAGUUGGUGGAGGAGAUUGGGGUGGGGAAGGAGGUGAGGAGGAGGAAGAGUGACGGGGGGAUUGAUGGAGAGGAGAUGGGGAAGGUGAUUGAUGAAGUGCUGAGGAAUGAGGAAAUGAAGGGAAGGGUGAGAGAGUUGAGUGAGAAGUUGCAGGGGAAAGGAGAUGCUGAGCUUGUUGCAGCUGCAGAUAGGUUAUGGAGUCUCAUUUUUUGA